GAAUGUGCUUGGUGGUAACAAAGAUAUAAAAAGCCAGAGAAGAAGUAGAAGUUAGCCUCCACUCAAGGCGGGCCGAAACGGCCCACGAUCAGAUGAAUCCCCAAAUUGGCGUUGUGCCCUAAUCUCCCCUCAAAUUCGAUCGCCUCUGCAAAAGAAUCGGCGCCAAUCCAUGGAAACGUUGAAACGAUGACAGGGACCAAAUCCAGAGAGAGAGUGGGAAGCUCCCAGACGUCGAACAAGAAGAGCAAGGCCGACGCUCCCGCCAUUAAAAACAAGCGAGAGACGCCUCAAGCCGGCAGGAGCAAUGGCGUCGCGCCUGAGCCUGAGGUCCUAAUCGUCCCGUCCUCGAGCACCGAAUCGCAAGCGCGGGAGACCGAGUCGAAGAGAAACCAGAGCCCGAAGAGGCGCGAACGCGACGCUGAUCCGGCGGGCAAGAAGGAGCGGAAGCGUCGGAAGCCGAAGCAAGGCGGCGCGGGCAAAGGGGAGCGCGCAUCGAGCAAGAGCAAUGGCGUCGCGCGCGAACCCGAGGUUCUGGUCGUUCCUUCCUCGAGCGCCGAGUCGCGAGGAGGAGAGCGGGAGGAACCGAAGGGAGAUCGGAGCGCCAAGAUGCGAGAGCUCCUCACGGGCUCGGCGGUUCAGAACAAACGGAAGCAUCAGGAGCGAGAGGACGGCGACGAGAGCAGGGACGACUCGAAGCUCUGUAGCUUCCCGAUGAACAGGAUCAAGACGAUCGCGAAGAGCGAAGAGUCCGACUCGCGCAUCAAUCACGAGGCUUAUUUCGUCAUCAACAAAGCCACGGAAAAGUUUAUCGAGCAGCUUUGCGAAGACGCGUAUGCCUUAGCUGCUGCCCGCGACCGCAAGAAAUCUUUCCAGUAUAACCACCUGUCAUCACUUGUUUGCGAGUGGAAGAGAUAUGACUUUCUUUCAGAUUUCGUUCCGGUUAAAAUGAAAGCUGAAGAUGCAUUGGCAGAGAGGAAACCAGAAGAGACAUGAUAUAUUACAAUUCUUAGGUCAAGAAGCUGUAAGUCGAUUGAGAGGGCUUCAAUUUGUAUGAGCAUCUUAUCCUGUUGUUUGGUUCCUCCAAUAAGAGAAUCGAGCCAGCAAAAUGGGCACCUACAUUUAGCCGCAGAUGAUGUCCAUAUGGGUGAAACUUUUUGUUGGCAUUUUACAUUUGUUGGCAUUUUACAUUGGAGAGGAUUGAUGCUUAUACUUCCGGUAAUCUUUUCAGCAUGUAAUCUCUCCUGCACGCUGGACGUGGAUGGUGAGGUAGCUUCUUGUGGGGGAUUUCUGUGUUCAGUAACUAAUUUGGGAUGGACAAUUACUUGGUAGUUAAUCUGAUUCUCGGCCUAUGUUA